AUGUCGGGCCUGAAGCCGCGUGCCUGUGGGGGCGGGAAGCAGCAGCCCAGCACCAUCAUGCUGUGUAGGACCCGGAGCAGCCUGGCCGCCGCCGCCCCGCGGGAGCACCGUAUGUUCAUGGAGGACGCCUACAACGCAGCCAUCUGCUUCAAGAUGCUCCGGGACCUGAACAACUCAGACCCAGUCCGCCUCAAGUACAUCAUCAAGAAGAUCAAGAGCAUGGCCCACUGUUCCCCUAACCUGGUGCUGGAAACCAUCCAUGACUACUUCACUGAUAACCCAGAGAUCUCCACCCGGCAUAAGUUCAGGCUGUUCCAUGUCCUGGAAAGUGUCAUCGAGGCCAGUGACUCCCUGGAGGACAUCUGGGAGAAGACCUUCAUGCAGCUGGCCCUCGACAACAUGACCAAGUCCACGGAGCUGGAAGAGACGUACCAGGACGCGGCGGGCAACGUGCUGGUGGCCAUCUGCAGGCACUCGUGGCAGCGGGUGGUCGGGCAUCUGGAGGCGCAGGUGCUGACGGGCAUCUUCCCGCACCGAAGCCUGCUCUACGUGCUGGGCAUCCUGUCCUCCGUGGGUAGGGCUCUCUUCAACAGGGAAGAGAAGACCUGCUGGGAAGAGCAGCUGAUGAAGAUGGCUGACAGCUCGGUCCAGUUCCUGCGAAUGGAAAACUGGUGCCGGGAGCUGCUGGGAGCCCUCACGAAGCCUCACCACACACAUCAGGAGCAGCCCCCCGAGAAGGUUUUCCUGUUCAUCUACUACGGACUGAUCCUGCAAGCUGAGCAGGAGAGCAGCACAGUGCGCAGCCACCUGCAACGCCUGCUGGAGACAUCACACCAGUGGGCCAAGCAGAGGGAGGGCAUGGCACUCACUGUGGGGCUGGCUUCUGUCCGCCACCUGGACCACGUAUGGGCCGUCCUGGAGCAGUUUGGCCGAAGCAAGCCCAUCAGAUGUUGUCUACAUGGCUUCCCCAUGAAGAGCUCGGAGGAGCUGCACUGGAAGUGGGCCAGCUGCACCAUCCUGCUGUCCUACGGGCAGAUGGCGGCCAAGGCCAAGGCGCACAUCCUGCCGUGGGUGGACAACAUCCUGUCUCGGAUGAUCUUCUACUUUCACUACAGUGCCUGGGACGACACCUUAAAGCAGAGCUUCCUCUCCUCGAUUGUCAUGCUGGUGGGCGCCAUCAGCCGCAACGAGGGCGCACAGAGCUACGAGUUCGCGCAGCUGCCCACACUGCUGGACUGCCUGGCGAUCCUGAUGGAGAAGGAGCCCCCCGACUUUCUGUGCACCACCAACCGCCAGCAGGCCCUGCACAUCAUCUCCAGCCUCUGUGCCUUCAGGCCGGCCCUGGGCGCCGACAGGAAGUCACGGCUGCUCAACAGCUGUCUACGAAGCGUCCUGGCGCUGCCGCUCCCCGACGUCCUGGAGAAGCACCUGUGCCUCUUCCUGGAGCCGCCCAACAUACAGUCUCUCUACAAGGACACAAUGAAUGCCCUGGACAAGAUGCUGCAGAGUUUCAUCCUGCAGAACCCCACGACGGAGGAGCUGCAUUUCCUGCUGUCGCACCUGUACGUCUGGCUGACUUCCGAGAAGGCGCACGAGCGGCAGCGCGCUGUGCUGCACUGCCUGGCCCUCCUCGAGUUCCUGAGCCGCAACCUCUUCCUGGACCCAAAGGAGGACUUUAAACGAAUGGGGCAGCUGGUUGGCAUGCUGGGCAUUCUGUGCCAGGACCCGGACAGAGCCACCCGGACCUCCAGCCUGGAGGGCAUGGGCCACCUGUACAAGCUGCUCCUGCACCAGAGAGGUGGGUCUCUGCAGCGCACCAGAGCCCGGCACCAGGGACCCCCAGCAGCCCCCGCCCCGGGGCCCGCCCACCCGUCGGUGCCGCUCACCCAUUGGUCCCGCCCACCCGUCGGCCCAGUGGUGCCGGCAAGACGAGCUUCCAAGGAGGAACCCCAAGACCCCCUGGUCAGCAGGAAGGAAGACCCAGUCUGGAGCGGCGGGGACCAGAGCAAGGCCACCCCCGCACCCCAGCACACCGCACCCUCCAAGGCCCUCAGCCUCUUCCAGAUCAGCGGCUCCCAGGCCAUCAAGGUCAAGGCUCUGCGCGUCCAGGAGGUCACGAAGCACCUCACAAUGGCGGAGCUGAGCGACCUCAUCUGGACGGCCAUCGAGGGCCUGGGCGCCACCAGCCCCUUCCACGUGCAGUCCGCUGCCGAGAUGCUGCUCACUGUCACCCAGGAGCAUGGCGCCACACUGCAGACAGUGGCCAGCCUGGGCCGGGCCCUCCACCUGCAGCUCUGCUCCGUCCGCGUCCCCAAGGCCAAGGACAUCAGCCUGCAGGCCCUCACCGUGCUGGCCCGCAGCCACACGUCCGAGCUGGUGACCACCUUCCUGGACUUCUCCCUGCCCCUGGACAGCCACGCCUUCCGGUCCUGGAGGGCCCUGGGGGCCGAGCAGCCCCUGAGCCGCCGCGUGCUGGCCACGCUGCUGGACCGCCUGCUGGACCGAGCCCUGCCCGCCGCAGCCAGCGCCCCAGCCCAGAAGACCUACCUGCGCUCGCUGGCCGCCAUGGUGACGCUCCAGGAGCUGCAAUUUGCCCGCGAGUUCAGGCACGCAGUGCGCGAGGCCUUCCCCCGCCUCUUCCUGGCGCUGCUCACCCAGAUCCGCUACAUCCUGGAGCUGGACCUGCCGGAGGCCGCACCCGCCCGCUGCCCCUCCGCCCACCCACGAGGCCGACUCUCCCCCUGCAGCACGGCCCUGGAGGCCCUCAAGAGCCUGCUGUCCACCACCGGCCACUGGCGGGACUUCGCACAGCUGGAGCUGCAGGGCGCCUGGACGCUGCUGACUGAGCCACAUAGCUACCCGCAGGGCGUGGGCCUGCUCGCCAGGGCCAUGGUGCAGGACCACUGUGACCAGAUCAGAGCCGUGCUGUGCCAGCUGUUGCCCGCCCUGAGCAGCUGGGAGCGGCGGGAGCGGGAGGUGGCCGUGCUGAUCCUCGGGGAGUUCCUCUACAGCCCUGCCCUGCUGGACGUGCUGUCCGAGCAGGACGCCCUGACGCUGCUGUCGCAAAGCCUGCAGGACCCCAGCCCCGAGGUGCGCGUGUGGGGCCUGCAGGGGCUUGGCCACAUACUCUUCCACCCGGAGAAGGAAAGUCUUCUCCGCGGCCAACUGCCACACUUCCUGGGCGGCCUCUGCCAGAACAGCGAGUCGGCCGUGGUGCGCGUCAUGGGCACCAUGUCCAGCGUGCUGCACCGCCUGGGCGGCCACGGCGCCGGGCCCCUGAGCUUGGAGGUGGCCCUCAACACCCGCUCCUUCUUCGACCAUGAGCGGGACGAGAUCCGGGCCGCGGCCAUGGCCCUGUUCGGGGACCUGGUGGCCGCGACAGAGAGUGGGGGCCCAGAGAGCCUGGGUGCCCAGGUGCACCUGAGCCUGGUGCCUUUGCUCCUGCACCUGAAGGACCCCAGCCCAGCCGUGGCCACGCAGGCCAAGUUCACCUUCUACCGCUGCGCCCUGCGCCUGCGCUGGCGGCUCCCUCACACGCUCUUCUGCGCGCUGGCCUGGGGGCGCGGGCCCAGCGCCCGCCACUUCCUCUGGACCUACCUGAUGCGGUGCCCGGAGGACUUCCGCGUGCACACGACGCAGGCCCUUGGCGCCCUGCGCAGCCGCCACGGCCGCAUCCGCACCUGGGCUGCCCUGCUCAUAGGCUACGCCGCCUGCUACCAUCCCCAGGCCAUGUCCCCGCUGCUGAACAACGAGGCCACCAACCUACUGCUCCACACGUUUGAGGACCUGGAGAGCCACGACGAGCCGGGCAUCCGGGCAUUUGCCCGCCGGCAGCUGGCCUUCUUGAAGAAGACGGCAGGCCCCUGGCAGCGGUGA